AUGGCUUGCACACUCGCUGAUUCAUUACUCCUUUUCAAGGGCUCUUUUCAGAAACCAGUUCUCAGGAGAGACAUUGCUUCUCACUACUCCCCAGGCAUAUUUAGUAUAAACAGUGAUGGGCUUAUCGGGAAAGGGUUCAGGCGUCAAAGGAAUUUUGUCACUAGGAAUAAGGUUACUGUCAUACGUGCUGUGGCAGUUCCAGUACAACCAGCUCCUGUGGAAAGUGCGGAGUAUAGAAAACAACUAGCUGAAGACUACGGUUUCAGGCAAAUUGGACAGCCGCUUCCAGCUGAUGUUACUUUAAAGGAUGUCAUGAAUUCCCUUCCUAAGGAGGUCUUUGAGAUUGAUGAUGUGAAAGCAUGGAAAUCUGUUUUGAUAUCUGUCACUUCUUAUGCAAUGGGGCUAUUCAUGAUUUCCAAAGCUCCCUGGUAUCUUCUUCCUCUGGCUUGGGCAUGGACUGGGACUGCAAUAACUGGGUUCUUUGUUAUAGGACAUGAUUGUGCUCACAAAUCAUUUUCAUCCAACAAAUUGGUAGAAGACAUUGUUGGAACCCUGGCUUUUAUGCCAUUGAUUUAUCCAUAUGAACCAUGGCGAUUUAAGCAUGACAGACAUCAUGCAAAAACAAACAUGCUGUCUGAAGAUACUGCUUGGCAGCCUGUUCAGAAGGACGAGUUUGAAUCUUCACCACUUUUGAGGAAAGCAAUAAUAUAUGGAUAUGGUCCAUUUCGAUGUUGGAUGUCUAUAGCUCACUGGUUGAUGUGGCACUUUGAUUUGAAGAAGUUCAGACCAAGUGAAGUAAAUAGGGUGAAGAUAAGUUUAGCGUGUGUUUUUGCCUUCAUAGCAAUUGGAUGGCCAUUAAUUAUUUACAAGACUGGAAUACUGGGAUGGAUAAAAUUCUGGUUGAUGCCAUGGUUGGGAUAUCACUUCUGGAUGAGUACGUUUACCAUGGUACACCAUACUGCACCGCAUAUACCAUUCAAAAACUCAGAAGAGUGGAAUGCUGCACAAGCACAGCUUAAUGGAACUGUUCAUUGUGAUUACCCUAAAUGGAUCGAGAUUCUAUGUCAUGAUAUUAAUGUCCAUAUUCCACACCACAUAUCCCCGAGGAUACCAAGCUAUAAUUUAAGAGCAGCCCAUAAGUCCCUUGAAGAAAACUGGGGAAAGUAUCUAAAUGAGGCUAGUUGGAAUUGGAGAUUGAUGAAGACAAUCAUGACAGUGUGUCAUGUGUACGAUAAGGAGCAAAAUUAUGUUGCCUUCGACGAGCUUGCCCCUGAAGAAUCUCGUCCAAUUACAUUUUUGAAGGAAAGCAUGCCUGAUUAUGCUUAA